AGUCACUCAUCUACGGUUCACUUAACUGUCGACAUGUCUGAAUUACCGGAUUACAUGAAAGUUCUUAUCAAAGAAGAGGAGAAACCAUCGUAUGUGUACAAAGAAAUUCCUGUUCCACAACCAGGAAACGGCGAAUUACUCGUAAAAGUUCUUAAAGUCUCUAUAUGUGGUUCGGAUAACAUAUUGUAUCAAUGGGAUGAAGGUGACAACUCAAUCUAUCUGUUAAUUUUAGUCUCGUCAUCUAUUCAAUAGAUAACGUCAAAAUGUGGAUGAGAAACCGCCCCUUUCGCCGCUUCACCCUAGUUUCGUUGAAACAUUCUAUUUAUACAUUUACCAGAUGCAAGGCUCAGAUGCAAGGCAAGAUUACAAUAUUCCCAAAACCACUUUGUGUGACAUUUGUAGGAGAACAGGUGCAUGAUCAAGGCUGAGUAGGGGGAUGGGUGGAGGGGUCAGGGUUGGGCAACAGGGUCAAGGUUAUGAAACUCUGUUGUCUAUACCUUAAGAUACUUCUAAUGCUUAUUCUUUUUUAUCUGAAUUUUUUUGGGGUCUGAUUACCUCCUGGCUAAUUAAUGCUAUAUAUAAAGUUUCCUGUUUAUUUCAUAUCUUUGGAAGUUACAUUUAAUAAAUGAGAUGUCACUCUCUCUUAGUUCAAAUCAUUGUAACACAUGCAUAAUGAUAUUUAAUUACUGAAUAUUGUUCCACCAGUAAUUAUGAGGAACAGCUCCCUGAAAAAACCUGUCUGCUGACCGUUGGCUGACAGAUAACCAACAGACCAGUGACAGGCUACCUGCAGGUUACCAAUUGGCAGUAUACCCAAGAAUUAACCUCCAAAACAAAACUGUGACUGUACUUUACAUAUGCUUUUAGAUGUUGAACUUACUGUGCUAAUUAUGUUGAAUCACUUAUGAAAUGAGUUGAUAUUGCAUUAAAAUAACAACGUUCCUUUUGCAAUCUCUUAGCAACUCUUGUAAGUAAUGGCACUAAAUUUGGCCUAAACCUCAGUGAAUUCAUAUUCCUGUCCAAUGUACUGUUUACGUCUACAGAAAUUUGGAGGAUUGAUAUAGUAAUACAAUGAUAUUGUUAUCAACAACUCAUGGACAGAUUACUGACUACCAGCUAACAGUUAUGUUUAAAACUGUCAGCUGACAGUUAGCUGACUGUUGGGUGACAGUCAGUUAGCAGUCAGCCAACAGGUUUUUCUUCACAGUUACUGUUCUUCCUGUUUUUUUGGUCUAAUUUGUUCAUUUGUUACCUAUUUACAGCUGCAAAGGCAAUAGCAAUGCUACCUUUCAUCCCUGGUCAUGAGUGUGUUGGAGAGGUAAUGGAUGUUUUAGUAUUUUUUACUGUCCAUUCUUAUUUUUCUUUUUCGUAAUGAAUUAUUUUGUCUUUAGGUAGUGAAGGUUGGUCCUGAUUGUGAGGAAAAAUUUUUCAUUGGGCAGCGUAUUUGUUGUGAAAAUCACUUUUAUUGUGGAAAAUGCUAUCAGUGUUUACAUGGUAGGGAUGAGCAAGGAUAUUUUUUGUCACAUUUAACUCAUCAAAAUACUCAGAAAUGGUGCAAGGGAGGUGUGAUUUCAAUAAUAGGUGAAACAGUUGAGCUUAACCAAUGGAUUCACAGAUUCUAUUAAUUGACUUACCAGACUUACGCCACAUUUGCCAGAACUUGAAUCAGUUUGGCCAUGGAAGAGGAACAAUCUAUGGAGGUAAUGAACUGAACAAACAGAGAAUUUUCAUUUGUAGCCACUUGGAUGUUUUUUUGUCAGACUUUUGUAAAGUAAGAUUAUCUUUGCUGUGAAACUGAUUGUGACCUAAUUAUUUAGACACAUUUUCACAUAUGUAUUUUAGAUUUCAGUAUUGUCCUUCUUUAGGGUGUGCUCAGUAUACCAUUAUUCCAGCAAGAUACUGUUACCAAUUGAAAACAAACCUUGAUGUGGACAGGGCUUGCCUAUUGGAACGUAAGAAAGCUUUUGUUUAUAAACAAGUUGAAAUUUGCUAAUUCUAACAAUAGUUUGCCUUGAAGUUAUUUAUUUUUUACUGAUUACUGACAGCAUUUGGUGUGGCGCAUCAAGCAAUGGAAGAGGUUUGUCCAACAGGAGACAGUGUACUCAUUCAAGGUUAAUAGUUAAUAGUUAUGUUUGUUAAAAUGCAUUUGAAGAAUUUUCUUUUACUGUUAAGUUGGCUUCUCUAUGGAGUUUGAAAGGUGUCCUCUUUCAUGCUUAAAAUGGAUAUGGAAUCAUGUGGUUAGACCACAUCUGAUAUGAUCUAAUAGCAUCAUCUGUUGACAGUGUUAUGGAAAAACUUUGAGGCAUAAUGUAUUUACUAUCCAUUUGUUUGGGAGAGUGAAUAACACACACAAUUUUAAAAGGUAUGCCCUUGCCAGAUUUCCUAUGAUUUAAUGACUGAAUUAUUAUAUUUUAAACAUCAUCAUAAAGCAAUGGACUCCAAUCUACAUAAGGUUAGGUUGAGGGGAUUAAGCUGUUGAAUUUCUGGUUUUCAUUCAGAAGGGCUACUUUUGUAUUUGUACAAGGCCUCUUUACUUAUUGCAAAGCACACAAUUAUUGCAAUGGAGAAGUUAAGUCUUACUGUAUACAGGUAUAUGUGUCCAUGUGGGUUGCUGUUCUAUGCCAGUAGAUAGAAAAAAAAAUUAUUGGUUAACUGGGAUUUGCAUUUAUAUAUUUUGUACUCUGCUGCAGGGUGUGGUCCUAUUGGCCUAAUAUCAGCUGGGAUUGCCAAGAGCAUGGGUGCUGUCAAAAUGUACAUCAUUUUGUUAGAUGUGUUAACCUUGUAAAAUAAUCAUACAUUAGCUGCCUAUUUACAGUAGGAGUGGUCCUAACACAACCUGAAGAUUCAACAUUCCUCUUAAUAAAUUCAAUCAUGUACCAGCUGUCAAUUAAAAUGUGCCAGUGCCUGAUAGCAAAAAUAGCCCUCUUAAGAUUUUUCCUCCAUCCAUGGAUCAGAAAUAACUCCACAGCUUGUACAAGAGACAACCCAUUCUACUGUAUUAGCCCUCUGUCCACAUCCCUUGAACAAGCCAUAUCUGUUAACAAUAAACCUUUUGCCAUUUUGAAAAACUUUCUGUCGCUGGGGCAAACAGUCCAAAAAAUAUGACCAACAAUAAAAUACUCAAGAAUUGUUCAUUUUCUCCUUAUUUUUCAGAAUUGCCACAGAUAUUGUGGAGGAAAGACUUCAAAAAGCAAAGCAAAUGGGUGCAGAUGUAUUAGUUAAUGGGAAGAUGGAAAAUCUCAAAGAUAUUGGUCUGUGAGUUCUUUUCAGUCCCAAAUACAGUGCCAAGGGAGAGGGGAGGGUAUAAUCCAUGAUAGAGACCUUAUAUGUUUGCCCACAAAAUAUUUGUACCUGAAAUUGGAAUGAGGGUCAUCGAAAGUCAUGAAAGUGACUAAUAAUGACAUUUUUGAGAUAAAAUGAAGGCAGAAAACUGCUUUGCUAUAUGAUCCUUCUCACAUUGUCAUGGCUGACCAGCUCAUCUAUUGCAUGGAAAAAAUGAAGAAGGUCUUUGAAAAGGUCACAGAAUACGAUGAAUUUUUUUACUUCAAAGGACAUGCACCCUGGAUUUGUUUUCAGCUCAGUUGUGAUAUCUGCAAUCCAUUCCAGUGCCCUGGAAAAGAACCCCCAGCCUAAAAUAUUGUUGAAUUUUAUCUUGUUUUUGUUUUCUAUGAAAAUUGUGGCUUCCUAAUUUGUUAUACUUGUUGUAGCUGGAGGAAUUUUCAAUUCAGUGUUGAUAGUAAUCUGGGAUUGUAUUGAUUUUGCUUUCCUCAGCUCUGUGAUUGGUCCAGAAAUCAACCAAUCAGAUGCAAAACUAACACUAAUCAGGACUUAAUUGUCUGCAUUUUCCUGUGCUUUAGGGUGGUUUUCCUUUUUUUUUUAGUUUGGGUUCCCAUUGGCUCUUCAAUGUAUUUUCCUUUCUCUUAAUUGUCUGUUGUAACUACUUUGGUUUGAUUUUGCAACACUCAGUAGAAAAGAGCUCAACCUGGUAAUGUAGUUUUAAUUAAUGUUUUUGAUCUCUUUCCCUCCAGUUAUGAAAGAAACAUCAGGUGAUGGCAUUGGUUGCCUUGUUGAGUGUUCUGGAGCAGCGCCAUUAGUAAACAACUGUUUCUCCCUAUUGAGGUAAAUAUUUCAUUUUAACCUCAUACAUACUUCUCCGAUCUCACGACAAUACACUCUUCACCGGCUACCGAUAAGUGGUGUUGUGCUGCCAAAAGUGUUUUCAAGUCUGCUCAAACCAAAUCCUUCAGCUAUCCAAAAAUGCCCUAGAAAAAUGCCACACAAAAACUGUGACAGGGUUUUCGUGAGACUUUGGCCAAAAAUUAAUUCAGUGUUUUUUUUUUAUUCAAACUUUACUGACCAGGUCAUCUCUUUACAGCAAACUGUUUGAGGUGUGGGUCCCGGGAUGUCUACAUUUUAACCCUGAAGACAUGAGUAGGCGAGUCUUGUAGGGAGAAAAUCAGAAUUGGAACAACAUUCAAACAACUUCAGUUAGCAAAAUAUUCCAUGUUAUUAUAUAGAUACUGAUGAAAUACCAGGAUUUUUCCUUUUAAGUUAAAAAAUCAUAUCUUCAUCUUGUGCAGUGAAGAUACUAUUUUUAUCUUUCACGUGUGAGGAUAUUGGUGUCGCCAUGAUUACCAACAUUAUUAGCCAAUUACAAGGGAGCUUCCCGCUCAGGCGCGUGGCCAGUUCUUUUGAAAUUUUAUUGGUAUAAAUAAAAUAAAAAGAACAUUACAUUGUGGCUUGGAGAUACGAAUUUUAUCUUCUCGUGUUGAAAGUAUCUCUCAUGAGUGAGCAAAGCUCACUUGUGAGAGCAGCAGAGAGCAGCUUGUGAGAGAUACUUUCGGCACAAGAAGAUAAAAUUCAUAUCCCCAAGCGGCCAUGUAAUAUCCUCUAUUUAACAAUUAGAUUACAAGCUCGAGACUUCUAUCACUCAAUAGUUGACCAAGGCUAGGCUAUAAAUAAAUUUCAUACAUAGUAAUUGAGAGUGAAUAACCUAGUUGUCUAAGUAUAAAUGUACUAGUCAUUCAAAACUGAACAACAAGACAGGCUGCUGCUUUUGUUUUAUUUUGUUUACAACUGCACACUAUUAGGCUACUCACUAUAUCACAGAAUAGAUAGCGAGAAGUGCAGCCAUUCAGAAUGCAGCAUUUGUGAUAGACUUCAGAUAGAUUUAUACAAAUUAUAUUAACUGUUUCUCUGCAGAAAAGGUGGAAGGGUUGUUCUAGUAGGAUUACUUAAGGUAACCUUUUUGGUUUUGUUUGUCUUUGCCGUGGUAUCUCAAAAUGCUCUUUACUUGGCAUGAUUACUUUACAUUAGUGUGGUUCUGCUUUAACAUUUUCAUAUUAACAUCUUAAUGAGGUUACUUAGCCAUAGGUUAGUUUGUUAGCCCUCAGUAAAACAUUCUUAUUCAAGUUUUUUCUUAUGCCUUUCAGCAACCUCUUCAUGUAGAAAACUUUCUACAAGAUAUCUUAUUCAAGUCUCUGACGAUGAAAACAGUUCAUGGCAGGAAGAUUUUCAGCACUUGGGAAAAAUCAGAAGAGUUACUGUUUAACGACAAGUAAGAAUUACAUGGAAUUUUUUUAAAGUCUCUAUGAUGUAGCUAUGAACCCAUAUGGCCAGUAACAAGAUAGUAACCUUAUAAAUUAGUUAUAUUCAAGAUAAUUGGUUUCAUCAACUGAGUUGGCCAUUUAAGUUUGCCACCUUUGAGAGUUUCUAAAGCUGAUGUUUCAAGAGAUAGCCCUUGGUCCCAAACACCAUGAAAUACAUAGCCUCAAAGGGAACAUAUCCUUGACAAACAGGGGGCUGGCAGUUUUCAGAUCCAGUCCUAAUCUUGAAUCAGUUGAAUGCCAUUGUCAUUUGGUGAUGCCCGCCAUGCUUCUGUUACCUAAUGAGAAGGAUCACAGAGAAGAACCAACAAGGAUUUCUAUUAAUUUUAUCACCAUACGUGCUUUAAUUUUGAACACAUUUAAAUUGAUCUGAGCUUGGUUCUUUACAGAGUUGAUGUAACUCCUGUCAUCACUCAUGAAGUACCAAUGAGCCAGUUUGAACAAGUAAGACAACUUGCCCCUCUCUUUGAUUUUCUUUGUUAUGGGUGA